AUGUUAUUCGAAGCCCUAAGAAAGCCAACUCCUAAAAAUCUCCUCACAUCACCGGAAGUAUUCCGGUACUUCGAGUACGCCAUGUUCUGUAUGGGAUGGACUCACUCCGAAAAGUUCAAAAUACUCUACAGACUUAUGUCAGUCUUCAUCACGGCAUGGUGUGUGAUCUAUUUUCCGAUUGGCAUUAUCAUCAAUCUGAUUUUUGACUCCAAGAGCAUAACUCCCAAGGAACUACUGAAUAUUCUUCAGCUGUUUUUCAACGCCUUGGGCACUCCAAUCAAGGUAUUUUUCUUCAGAAUUUACUUGUGGCGGUUCUAUAAAGUUAAGGAAAUAUUGUACGAGAUGGACAAGAGAUGCCAGACAGAAGAGGAGCAAUUGGAGGUGCAUCGAUGGGUAGUCCGGUGCAACAAGGUCUACCUCGGAUAUCAAGCCCUGUACACCUUUUACUCGCUAACCAGUUUCCUUUCAUCAGCUUUAACUGGUCAGCUGGUCGGAAUCUAUAACCCUUUCAUAGAUUGGCGAAAAAGUAAACAGAGCUUCUGGUUGGCUGCUUCCCAUGAAAAUGCUCUGAUGAUUUUUUCGGCAACUCACACUAUGAUGAGUGAUAUAUACCCGCUACUUUAUGGACUGAUCAUGAAAGUCCACAUCAACCUCCUGCGACAGCGAGUCGAGAAGCUUUGCAAGGAUCCCGAAAAAAGUGAUGAAGAAAAUCAAAGAGACUUGAUCAAAUGCAUCCAGGACCACAGACUCCUCAAACAAUAUGCCGAUUUAAUUCGUCCCGUGAUAGCCUCAACUAUUUUUGUUCAAUUUCUACUCAUCGGCAUUCUUUUGGGCUUAUCCAUGAUUAAUCUACUUUUGUUUGCCGAUAUCUGGUCUGGAUUAUCCACCGCUGUCUAUAUAAUGGGACUCCUUCUACAGACCUUCCCGUUCUGCUAUGUCUGCGAUCUAAUUCAAUACGAUUGUGGUCGACUUUCAGUGGCAGUUUUCCAUUCAAACUGGCUGAGUUCUAGUAAAAAAUAUAAGGGAACUUUGAGAUUCUUUCUGCAAAACUCUCAAAAGUCGAUUGCUUUUAUAGCUGGCAAUAUUUUUCCAAUAUCUACCAGCACAAAUAUCAGUGUGGCAAAACUGGCCUUUACAGUUGCUACAUUUUUAAAUCAACUAAACAUUGGAGAAAAAUUAAAAAAAGAUAAGUAA